AAGUCCUCAUUCUCUUGCUUCCAAAUUAAUGGGAAAUUACAGAUCAUGCGAGUCAAAAUCAUCCACUCUCAUCACAGCCACAGCAAAACUAAUCCUCGUCUCCGGCCAACUCCAUGAAUUUGCUUGGCCGGUUAGGGUUUCGCUUUUGCUGCCGCCGGAUCCCGAUUGCUUCAUAUGCAGCUCCGACGAGAUGGAAUUCGGCGAGUUCCCGGCUGCGAUGGGCGGCCACGAGGCGCUGCAGCCCGGGGAGAUCUACUUCGAGCUUCCGCUGGCGUGGCGGAGCGUGCGCCUGCAGGCGGAGGACAUGGCGGCGCUGGCCUUGAAAGCGAGCUUAGCUCUGGCGACUAAUGAUGAUGAUGAUGAUGGCGAUCGGAUUGUUAGAUGCUGCUGCUGUUGCUGGUCGAAGCGGGCUCGGCCGGCGGCGUUGUUUUGUGAGAAGGAGAUGCCGCUCCUCGGUGGGGAUGGGGGCGGCGCCGGCCAGCGCAAGUUUGUUGCGAAGCUCAGUGCAAUAGUUGAAGAUUGAAAUGUUUUAAGGCAAAGUUUAUGGUCAUUUUUGGAGUUGUUACUUUUCUUAUUUUAUGGGAUUUGUAUAUUAUUUCGAUAUCAAGGAUGGAUUAAUCAUUCUUGCUAUGAAUUGACUACUUCAGAGUUUUUCUUGUUGAAGAA